AUGUCUUUUUAAGGAUUAUAAAAAGCCUUAUUUCUAAAUGGCUGGGAUAUGAUAUUUAAAACAUUAUUGUAUACAAGAAACAUUUUAACCAAAAAUUACAUAGAUAUUGUACAAAUUAUUAUCGCAAUCAUAAUACUUAUCCUUUAUUUUACCAUUUUCCUAAAUUUCUUUAAAGGUAAAUCAAAAUUAUCAAAGAAGAACAGCUACUAAAUGUUUGAAAUGCUGAGUUUUGGUAGAUAAUUUUUCUUUCUAUUAUUUUUAAUUUAUGUAUAGAGUUCCCAAAUACUUUAAUUAGGAUUACUCCUUAUGACAAGCAUAUUUUAGAUUGGAUUCAUAUUUAAUUAUCGUUGUAUUUUUAAUAAAAAAAAUUACAUUGUUUAAAUUGUAGUUGAGAUAUCAGUAUUAACAUUUAUCCUUAGUUCAUUCUUAUACAUCUAAGAGUUUAAUGAAUAUUUUAAUGAAGAGAAAAAAAUUUUAUUGGGAUGGGUUCAAGCAAUCAUACUAUCCAAAGGUAUAACUAUAGAGUUAAUUUGGAUCUGCAAAGAUUUAUUAUAAAAAUUGAUAUAGAACUGCAGAAGUUAAUCACAAAUUGUGAAUAAUCCAAUAUUUCCAUGA